AUGCCUUCGGCACCUGCUGCCCUUCUCUUUCUUGGGCUGUCUCUGAGCCAGGGGACCAGCACCCAGAAGCGUGAGUCCUUCCUUCAAAGCCCCAGCGUCUGGUUUGAGACUAAGUACCCACAGACUCUCUCCAAACCUGUCAUCUGGGUCAAACCCAGUUUCAUGAUUCCAGAAGGAAAACUGGCCAUCAUCUGGUGUCAAGGAACUCACGAGGCCGCUGAGUACCAACUGCACUUUGAGGGAGGUCUUUCUGCCUUCAGGAGACCGAAGUCACCUGGAAUGUCGAACAGAGUCAAGUUCCCCAUCCCGUCCAUGACCUCACAGACUGCAGGGCAGUACAGGUGCUUCUAUCGAAGUGGGGAGCUCUGGUCAGAGCCCAGUGACCCUCUGGAUCUGGUGGUAACAGGACUGUAUGACACACCCACCCUCUCAGUUCAACCCAGACCCGAGGUGACCUCAGGAGAGGAAGUGACCUUCCGUUGCCGCCUAGAAACAGCAACAAGCACCUUCUUUCUGCUCAAGGAGGGAAGAUCCAGCCGCCCACAGCGCAGAUACGGGAACAUCCAGGCGGAGUUCCCCAUGGGCCCUGUGAGCACAGCUCACAGAGGCACGUACAGAUGUUUUGGCUCCUAUAACACACAUGCAUGGUCUUUCCCCAGUGAGCCUGUGAAGCUCCUGGUCAAAGGAGAUGCCGGGGACACCACCUUUGCGCCCACAGAGCACACCUCUUCUGACCACUGGGACUCCUACAUGUUAACCACAGAGACCCAAUUCCAGGAAGAUCCUGUCCUCUGGGAUCACAAUGCCCAGAAUCUCCUUCGGAUUGGCCUAGUUUUCCUGGUCCUGGUGGCCCUCGUGUGGCUCCCGGUUGAAGACUGGCUUCACAGGAAGAAGCUUCAGGAGAGAGCCAGCAGGGCUUCAAGUCAGGAAUGCAGAAGGUUCAGAGCACAAAGCCCUGGAGAAAUGACCGAGAGAUGCAGUGGCCACAGGUAA